CUUAAAAUCAUUGAAGGAGCUUCACAUUUGAUGCAAAAACUAAAUAAAAAUCUUGACAGCGGCGACGAGAUCCGCCAUGGAUGGAUGGAUAUUUUUCUCUAUGGGCACAAUGGUUCCAGUUUCGAUUUCUAUAAAAGUUAGAAUGAAGAACUAAACUAUUAGUAGUGUGAUAAACGUCAAUAUCAAACAGUUGAAUAAUUAUAAUGGGUUUCUUGACAAUUCUAAAGAAGCUGCGGCAGAAAGAGAAGGAAAUGCGAAUACUUAUGUUAGGCCUAGACAAUGCAGGGAAGACAACAAUUUUGAAACGAUUUAAUGGUGAACCAAUUGACACUAUUUCUCCAACACUAGGCUUCAACAUAAAAACUUUAGAACAUAAGGGAUUUAAGUUGAACAUUUGGGAUGUUGGGGGACAAAAGUCUUUGAGAUCAUACUGGAAGAACUACUUCGAGAGUACGGAUGGAGUAGCGUGGGUGGUGGACGCGGCGGACGGGGCGCGACUGUCGGCGUGCGCGGCAGAACUCCGCGCGCUGCUCACGGAGGAGCGUCUGGCGGCCGCCACGCUGCUCGUGCUCGCCAACAAGUGCGACCUACCCGGAGCACUCUCCUUGCAACAAAUACGAGAGGCUCUAGAUCUCGACAGCAUAAAAUCUCAUCACUGGCGCAUCGUGAGGUGCUCUGCAGUCACCGGAGAGAACCUUUUAGAAGGAAUCGACUGGAUGUUAGACGAUAUUGCGUCGAGAAUAUUCACUCUAGACUGAAUUUAUUCUAUUUUCUUUAUAAAGCACUAUAUCACAAGAUAAAUUGUGACGUCAUAGUAAUAAUUUAAAAAAAUCAUAAGAAAUUUACAACUAUUUAGAAAUAACAGCUCAUUCUAACAACACUUAUUCAACACUAAAUAUUACUUAGUUUUUAUUUCACACAUUUAUUUAACAUAAUCCAUUGAAAAAAAUUACCUUUCGAAAAUGCUGUACAUUCAAGUAAGUUUUAUAUGUAUCGUUAAUUUUUUAUGAUUGAAAUGUCAAUCUUGUGAAUUCUAAAAUCCUGCAUGGUAAAUUUACGAUAUCAAAGAAGAAAAUUUAAAGGAUAAAAUAAUUUAUCAUUAUAGUAUUAUAGCAUUUUCAUUAAAAUAUUAAAAUAGUUUGUAUUGAUAGUAUUCCAUGUUCAUUAGAAAGUGUAGUGUCCUAUGUAUUUUUAAAGUAAAGGUAACCCUCCUAUAACACGGUAGAUACAUUCCUACAAAGUCCCGUGUUGUGCGCAACCCUGUUACUGUUAUAUGAGACCAGAAGCCAGUACAAAAAGAGUAAUUUUUCUGAAUGAAACAUCUCAUAUAGAUGAGAUGUUACAAUGUUACAUGUAAAAUACAGGUAUACCCGAUUUUUUUUUCCUUUAAUGCAUAGAAAAAUAGCAAAAAUUUCGUUUAUUCCGAUAUACUGUGUGUUCAUAGUGCAUAAUGUAAUUUUCUAAAUAAUUUUAAACAAAUCAACAUUAUCCUGCUGGAGAAGUACUGUGUUACUAAUAAGGGAUUUGGGAUUUUUCCUUUAGUUUUAUAGUGAAACCGUGUUUUUAUAGGAGGGUUACCUGUAGUUAAAGGUCUACACACACAUUUUCAAAAUGUAAUUAGGUUUACAAAAUGCAGAUUUAAUAAAUUUACAUAUUAACUGUGAUGCUUUUUAAAAAUAAAUACAUGUAAUGACAAAA